AUGGACGCCGCCAUCAGGGAGCUGUGCGAGCGCGUGCGACUUAGACUGGAUAGACUGAAAGGCCGCACGUGGAACGGUCGCGACGCCGAGCUGGACGCGGAACUCUCGAGCGUCGAGUACGACAUCAACGGCGCCGAGUUCCUCCUGAAGGAGAUCCGCGCCAAGCUCGCGACGUCGUCCACCAGGAACCUUCCCCCGGUCGCCGCGUACAGGGCGUCGCUCGAGUCGUCGCGUCGCGUGCUCGCCGACAUACGACGGGGGGAGCCGAGGGCGCACGGGGGCGCGCGGGGGGUGAGGGCGACGCGUUCGGUGGGUGGAUCCACGCGUUCGAUGGGUGGAUCCACGCGUUCGAUGCCGGCGGGGCCCCUGGGACGGCUGUGGAAGGGGACGGUGAGCUUCGUGAAGGACCUGCUCGAGGAUCCCUUCCUGGACCCGCUGCUGCCGCCGGCGCUGCUCGCGGCGGAGGCGGAGAAGCGACGGAGGGGAGAGGUGCCGGAGAGCGAGGCGAUGAGAGAUUAUCGGGCGGCGGGCGAGAGAUCGGUGGACUAUCACGUCGCCGCGGGGUAUUACGGAAGCCGGGGGCCGAGGGCGGGGGCGCCGAGCCGGGAGGAGGGCGGCGGCCGGGAGGAGACCGGUUUCGACAAGCAGCGUCGACGACGACGGAGGAACGGCAAGAGAACCGGAAAUCACACCGAGGGACGCGACGUGUCCCCGGUGCCGGAGGAGGGUUCGCCUCCAUCUCCGGACGAGGGCCGAGCACCCGUCCGCGUGACGCCUUCGCCUACCGACGCGGCGGGUGAGUCUCGAGACGAGUACGCCGAAUCCGCGUGGGACGAAGACGAACAGCUCAUGCGUCAAACCCGGGAGAACGCACGCGACGAGCAGGCGUGGAUCCGUGCGCUGCAGGGCGCGGGCGGCGGAAACAAGGUUGGCGCAUCCUACGCCGCGGCGAGCGCCGCCGCCGCCGCCGCCCCCACCGUUUGGGGCCCGACUGGCCGAGACGUCGACGACCUGGUGGACAGGUACUCGAAUAUGGCCGCCCGUGACGACCCGAUGAUGCUCUCCGAUGCGUCUCCGGGGUCUACGCCGCGGUACAGCGAGGCGCCUCCGGUUUUUGGUCGAGUUGAGGAAGCAAACAAUCAACAGAAGGAGGUGGACACGGAAGCCUCCAUAAGGCGAGAGCUGUUCAUGAACUCAUCCGGCGCUGACUCCAGGGCGCGAGCCAGGGUCGCGGCCCUCGGUCCAACCGACGGAUAUCCGCGCAGUCCUUUCUCGGGGGACGCCCCACCGGAGGGUUGGGUUGAGGAGGAGCUCAUGCGAGGGGUGGAGCGGUUGGAGCGCGGGCGGGAGAUGCUGACCGACGCUCAGCGGGUCGCCGCCGACGCAAACGAGACGGGCGACGCCAUCCUCGGGACACUUCGGGAGCAGCGUGAUGCUCUCAUUCGCAGCCGCGCCGGCAUGGAGGGAAUUAAGGAAGACAUGAAGCACAACGAGCGGCUCGUCAACAACAUGACCAGCUGGACCAGAUUGGGCGUCAAGUCACGGCGCACACCUUGGGGCUGAAAUCUUUAGAAACGUAGCGAUUUGCCAGGUCCUCCCUACUACUACUAUCAUCGCUGGGUCAGGGCCUCCAGUCGAGCGAACGGAUCUUCUGGCUCGAUCCCGGCGUGCCUCUCCCCUUCCGUUAUCGUCAUACCCGCGAAAACAUCCUCCGCCGCCGGGGAGCUUGCCCCGAUGUUUGCAAACAUGCUCAGACCGUCCACAUCAGCGCCGCUCCUAAUCGCCGAGUUGGGAGUCACAUCAGCCAACACUGCGCCCACGCCCCUCGAUAACGCCUCGUACUGCAGAGCGAUCGUCUUGUACGCAUUCAGGAGCGCGGGUACGUCCCCAACCUGAAGAUCAUCCGCCCUUGCGUAAAGGAACUUGUACGGCAGGCGAAGGGUCCCGGCGCCGUUCUCGGUGGCCAAACUCGCCGCGCCCUCAGCCUCCACGUCCUCCACGGUGGACCAUCGAAGCGGAUGCCGCGCUCGGGCGUUCGCACCCGCGAGCUCGCGCUUCGCAUCCGCGAGCUCGCGCUCCAGACGCGCGCGAUCCUUCUCCAGUGCGACCGAGGCUGUCCCGUUGGGCGACCGCGGGGGCAAACCGGGGACGUCCCUCGGCGCGGGCGGCGGCGUCGCCCCCGGCGCUCCCUCGCGCAACAUCUUCUCCGCCAGGCUCCCACGCGCGCCCGUAUCACCUCCUCGUCCCUCACCAGCCCCGCCCCCCGUCGCCCCGUCGCCCCCUC